AUGCUGACGAUGUAUGAGAACCAUAACUCGGUGGCUGCGGAAAGAAAGGCCACCUACACGGGAGGACCAGUGCCUAUGGAGUUCUAUAUGAGCCAAGAAUUCUACUGCGGCAAAAACGUGUACAUCUUCAUGUCGGAGCUAUACAGCGACAUUUACAACAUGGGCCGAGGAGUUGCUCCCUACUGCAAGGACCGGUCCUUCGUGUUCCUCGGCUUCCUGCACUUCCACGACGAAGCCAAGUACUAUCUCCUGGACGACCCCAGCAUCUCCUUCCCAACGGACAAUUACUUGCAUGGAUUGGAGUGCCAUAUAGGCAUUUGUGUGUUCAGGUUUCCUUUCAAGAAACUCUUGCAAAGAAUCCGCGAUGUGUCCACAUUACCGAAGGCUAUCGUCAAAUGCGGCACGGAGAUGUACAAGCUACCGCCACUGUCUGCCGCAUCCUGCAUCAUCACGUCAGGCUCCUUCAUACUGGACUUCAAUAUCCAAGGCGUUCGGUAUCGACACCACGACUAUUUGCUUACUUUACCUAAUGGCAACACGUACUACACCAAAGAACCCCACUCCCCGCUGAUAUGCGAUCAUCACGUCUGCGAGUGGAACUACACUAAUCAUUAUGGAGGUCCGUUCCUAAUUCCGGGCGACCCGGGCACUGGUAUCGACGCAGUGCCGCCGUAUAUUGAACCGACUCCGAAGACUGACGGAGGAGAUGGAGAUGAGGAAAACAUCACUGUGCCUUAUAUCCUUGAUGGCUGUUUGUUCAUGUACCCACCGAACUACGGGUCAAUCGCGGGCAAGAGUUACUUGGACUCCAUCGAUCUUCACGACGACAGGUUUACUUGCAACGCUGCUGGCGGAAAUAAGGGUCUCUACUGGUACCCCCAGUGGAUGGGUGCAGCUCCCCACCACCCAUACCCUGCAAUGGGCGAUGAUAAGGAUUACGAACCCAACGGACCGUUCUACGCGCACCAACAGGGCUACGACAUGGACGAACAGGAUAUUGAAUAA